GCCGACUUCCGGCCACGUUAAAAUAGCUUGUUUGCGGUGGCGAUCGUUGGGCUGCCGUCGCCGGGAAGAGAAGUGAAAAGCGGCCGCGCGCUCUUGCCCGAAUUUUCCCGUCUCCGGAGGGCGAAUCUUAAAUGCGCGCGGAUCAGUGACGCGCCAGUCGACGAACAAACGGAAAACGACCGAGGAUGGAUUGCUGGUCGGCCUGGCUGUUGCUCGUCUCGCUGCUCGGCGCGCUCCUGCUCGCGGGCGGCGUCGAGUUAACCUUUGAGCUGGCCGACAAUGCCAAAGAGUGCUUCUACCAGGAGAUCGAAAAGAACGUCUCGUCCACGCUGGAGUUUCAGGUGGUUACAGGUGGCCAGUAUGAUGUAGACGUCACCUUAGAAGCCCCGAACAAAGAAAUUAUCUAUAGCCAAGUAAAGACUCAAUUCGACUCACACUCCUUCAUACCAACUAUGUCGGGAAUAUACAAGGCUUGCUUCAGCAACGAGUUCUCCACGUAUUCGCACAAGCUGGUGUAUAUGGAUUUCCAAGUUGGCGACGAAUUGCCACUCCCCGGCCUCGGAGAACACGUCACAGUCAUGACACAGAUGGAAUCCUCCGCGCAGGAGGUGCACAAGAAUCUAAUCAGUAUCCUGGACUACCAGACGCAUCACCGUCUGCGCGAAGCUCAAGGUCGCAAACGCGCGGAGGAGCUCAACGAGCGAGUGCUUUGGUGGUCGGUGAUGGAGACCGUCUGCAUCCUGUUCAUCGCCGUAGGGCAGGUUUUCAUCUUGAAGAAUUUCUUCACGGAUCGGAGCCCCUCCCAAAGUUAUUAGUGUGAUAGCCAAGUAAUGAAAGAGAAAAAACUCGUUCGCGAUUGAGAUACACGGUCACCGGAUCGAAUCGUCCUCGUGACGAUGUUUUUUCAUCGCUGGUCAAAGUGCCAUCAUAACGCCCGCCGGUAAUAUUUUCGCGACGGAACCCCCAAGUCUUCUCCGAGACACUCGAGAGAGGCUCGCCGAGAGGAUUCCGCGAUUAGGAUCCAAAGAGCCGGUGAAAAACGCGAGGUGAGAUCCAGGUCCUCGACACGCAUCAUGAACACGCGUAUCGUUCGCGGGUAUUAAUUUAUGCCGAGGCUGAGUACAUUUUAAAUACACUGGGUGCUGGUACAACACGGAGCGAUCGGAAGGACGAGUGCAAGCGAUGGAACUCUUACACCUUUUCUUCCCGAUGGACACUCUCAAGUUGUACUUAUACUGGCUGCAGCGACAGUAUAAUGGACACUGAAGGGAAUGUUAUGUUUCUUUUCUUACUGUGAACGUGUAACAUAAUAAAUUAAAAGAGAUACUCGUGUGUACAUUCACGUCUACUCGUGUCGCUGAGCGAUCUGAUUAAUUCCCGUCUUCUCGUUACUUGUCGCGCCUUCCGUUAUUUAUCUUAGGUACCGGUAGAGAAGUUACUUAAAUAAACGCAAUUGAUCACUUGUUUUCCUUUGA